UUGACCAAAAUGGACCACAAAUUUGGUAGGACCCUAACUAUAGGUGGCCACUCUUGGGAUGAACCUGGAAACACUGACAGCAGAUUUUGUAGAAUCAGAGAAUCCUUGAGAGGUCACCUCAUCCAGCCCCUGCACACAAUGUCCCUUUCCAGAGCAACCCAGACGAUGAACUAUAAAAUGAAAAGUUUUAAACAUUCUUUAAAAUGUAACGAUGGAGGAAAGUUACAACUCCCAAGCCCCAGCAAUAAUGCACAGAAAUGAGCUCCAAGGAACUAUGGGAUUUCUUGGAUAUUUUCUUCCCCGUUCCAAAGCUGCCCCCCACCCCUCCACUGUGACCAUUUAAAAAUGUCUGCUCACCACUGGCUGCUUUUGUGGUGGAGGGGCAGUGUCUGGCGUGUGACAGAAAUCCUGAAACACACAUGCACGCCUGUAUUGGGGCAAGCUUUGAAUUGGGCAUGAAAGGGUUAUUUGGGCACAAAAGGGUUAUAGACUGCUUUCCAUAGCGUUUGCGCUGGAGACUGCCAUCAGUGAAACAGAGACAGGCCGCAGGUAAGGAGGCUGCGGGUUUUUCUCCUCUUUCAGCCUUAGCCUCGGAUGGGGGGAGGCUGCAAACAGCUUGCCUGGCAGUUGUACAGAUUAGGUUCUGGGGGGUGUAGGGGCCUCUACAUCCAGGCUGUGCAAACGGAGGAAAUAUCUGGUUGCGCUGAGGGGCCCUGCUCCAGGGGCAGAGCAUUAGCAUGCAGCAUUGUGCAGCUACGCAGAGCAGGGCUCCUCCAUUUUAUUUCCCCCCAGAGAAGCUUUUCAUAUUUAGCUCGUUUUCCUGUCCACGAUCCCCACAGGGAGGUUGGCUCCUGCCCCUGCUUUUCCACCUCUGAUCUCCGGGGAGGAGUCCCAGUGAAAUGGAAAGCGAGACAAAUGGAGUUGAGGAAAAGAAGAGUCCCUGUAGCUGCUUUGUUCCUGAUGAGGCUGGGCUCUGCAGAGAGAGUUAGCGGGGUUCUAAUUGCAGUUUAACUACCAAAUCCAGAUUGGCCCGAUACUGAUGUACAACCCUGCAUGGAAUUUAGCUCUUCAGUCUGAAUGUGCAAAUCUUCGUCCUGAUGCUAAGCCUCCCUCUGGCCUCUCAUGGGAUACGCCUGCGCUACUCAUGCCCCAUCUCCUUUGCGUCUGUCUCCACUAGAGCAGCAGCUGCUCUGGGAAGAAAGGGCCAGAGCAGCAUGAAGCCUGUGGCAGUCCCAGCAGGCGGCCUGGAUUCCCCACCAGCUGCUGAACCUGGGAGCAAACAUCUGCAUCCUGUGGGAUGGGGAAUGGCUGGUGGGGACUCUGAUCAGGCUCCAGUCACAUUUGAUGACGUCGCUGUCUACUUCUCUGCGGAGGAGUGGGAGGAGCUAGCGGCGUGGCAGAAGGAGCUGUACAAGGACGUGAUGAGGGACAACUAUGAGGCUGUGAUCUCGCUGGGCUGCGCUGCUGCCAAACCGGACAUUAUAUCCCAGCUGGAGCGAGGGGAAAAGCCAUGUGUCAGUGCUCACCAGGACUCCAGGGACAGACGCACCUCUGCAAAUGCAUCAUCUGCUGACACAGCUCUGAAUACAGCCUUCACAUCCUCACCACCUGGGCUCUCUCCUGCACCCCCAUUGUCUGAUCCCUCCUCCCACAAAGUGGACCUUUCUCCAUCCCCUGUACAUUCCACCAGCCUGUGGCUUUGGGAGGCACAGCUACGGCAUACAGACCAGGCAGAGAACAGCAUGGGCAUUGCCGCAUGCAUAGAGAGGCCCAGCAGUAGGUCUCCAUGUGCACUCCGUGGGGUAGUCCAUGGCCAAGUGGAGAGUGAGGAGAAAGCACUGGACAGGGUGUUUUGCUCACCUCCAGCCUUGCCUGGCCUACAUCCACAUUCUGAGCAGAUCUAUGUACCUGGGAAAGUCCAGACAGUUGAAUCUGCUUCUCACACAAAUCGAGGAUCUGAGAAUAACACACCUAUGUGCAGAGCACAGAGAACUGAGCAUCCUGUAACUGAGCAGAAACCUGCCUCUGCAAACAAGCUGGAGAAAGAAUUGGGCAUCAUCAUCCAGGAGAUGCGGACAGCAAGAAUCCACCUGGCUACCAUAGCUGGCUCUCUGCUGGCCUUGUCCUCGGCAUUCCUGCCAGCUCCUGUGGAUGGCACAGGUCCAUAGGAGAUAAUCUUGGAGCAGCAUAUUCUCUUAGAAACCUCUUCUGUGUUCUCACACUCAAAGCUGUGGAACAGAGAAACAACCACUCCCUUCUUUAUUUUUCUCUAAAAGCAUGUGUUCUGUUACUAAUAUUUAAUGUCUUUAUUUUAAAACAAUCCAUAAAAAUGUAUUUUUUCAUUUAAAAAGGUCUGUUAAUUUGUCUUAACAUGUUAUUUCUCUGUUUAAAAAGCCUUUCUUCUGAAAAAUGUUAUUUCUAACCCUAUUUUUUUUAAAUGGCUCUAAAUGUGAAAAAAACCCAAGCAGCCGUAAUGUGCCCAAUGAAAAAAAUAAAUAAAUAAAAAAUGGCCACGAGGCCCAAAGCUUUCACGUUCAAAAAUGAGAGCUGGAACGGGGCCUGGAAACUGGUCAAAAUGUAUAUGGUGGUGAAAGGUAUAGAGCCCUUUACUUUUGUUCUCUUCUUGUCUUGCAAGAUGGCAAAUGUGGAAUCAAGGAUGCCAAUCUCACAGUGUACUUCACAGUUGUGGAAAACUAAGUAAAACCACCAUGAUGUACUCUAAAGUAAGAGUUAAACUUGGCAGUAGUCCUUAUAUUAUAUACUCCUGAGGGAAUUCUUUGCUACAGUGCAUGCACAUAAUUAAUGACCCAUGCAUGUUUUUAGCACAGAAAAAAGUUGCUGCUGAAAUGUUGGUGCAUUUCUGCCUUUUGCCCACCAGAGGAUGCUGUGGCCACAGAACACAGCAGCAGCUUCUGGCCAACUAGGGAAGAGAAAGAGCCUGCCUUCUUCAUAGCACCUGCCAGACCAGGCCAGGAAACAGGGGCGAUGGGGAAAACACAGCAUAUGGUGUGGGGGGGGGGGUGUCAGACAGCAGCUCAUAAGGGUUAGUGGGGGAGGAGAGACUGGGGUAGAGGCUGAAUGUAGUGCCCCUUCCCUGGUGCCACCCCUUCCAAUAUAUGGUCAUGUUCCAUUCUAGGGGGUCUUGGGUCAGGAAGACCACCUCUUUUCUACCUGAGAAGUCUAAGGAGAUGAGUUACUUUUGGCCAUGGUCACUUUCUUGCUGACUCCAUGUCUCUUCCUUACACCUUCCCCUCCACUCCAGCUGUUUCAUUACCAUAGCAACCGCUUGCUUGAUUAGGUCCCCUUGUCUUCUCUUGUUACUGAAAGGCAAGGCUAGCAGCUCCUGUGAGUGUGUAUGGCCUUAUGCUUUCACUCACAUUCUCUUGCUUGCUUAUUUAGCCUGUUUAAAUUAAAAGGCCAGAAGCAAGAUUAUUAUUGUUUAGUUUUUACCCAAUUUACUUCACAUUCUCCUAACAGCUGUAAGCCAGGCUUUAAAGGAAUUCCUCAGUUCUGUAUUAAUAUGCCUCGUGAGGAAGCUAUUUGUCAAAAUACAGUUCCUGAAUCUGUUUGUUAUAGACAUACUUGCUGACAGGUAUUUUGAAAUAAAUGACCAAAAAUAAUUGAAACUGUUGUGAUUAUAG